AUACAUAUAUAUGGUAAUACCAGCCAAACUGAAAACCCCUUUCCAAAAACUCUCUUCACACCUCUCUAUCUUCCCAUGAUCUCUCUCCCGCAAUGGAUCAUCAUCAUAAUCAUCUGCAUUUUCCUUCUGCCUUUGUUACUUACCAACUGCACUCUCUCUGACAUCCAAUAAACAAUUUUCACUUUCUUCCCUCAAAUUUUCUUUUAUUUUCUUUUCCCAUCUAUAUUUAUAUAUUCUCUUGUUACAAAAAGGAAUUAUCCAUUUACCCCUGUUUCUGGAAAUGGGUCAAUGCGCCAGUUUUGGUUUUUCAAAAAGGAAGAAGCUCAAGCGCAAAAUCACCGAUAAAGAAGCAUCUUCUGUUAAAGAACCCCUUUAUGAAUCAAGAUCAGGUUCAUCAGUAUCAGCAUUGGCAUCAGGAUCAGGGUCAAGAUCAAAAGUUAAUGCAGAUUCAAGUCAAGAACAACCACCAGAUCCAGGACAUGGGGAUAAACUUGCAAAUAUGGCCCCAACAUUCACCUAUGAAGAGCUUGCAAUUGCGACAAAUAAUUUUCACUCGGACUGUUUUCUUGGCAGAGGUGGUUUUGGUGCUGUUUAUAAGGGAAAAUUAGAAAGCACUGGCCAGGUUGUAGCAGUUAAGCAGCUAGAUCUAUCAGGUAUGCAAGGAGAAAAGGAGUUCCUGGUGGAAGUUCUCAUGCUCAAUCUACUGCAUCACCCUAACCUUGUCAACUUGAUUGGAUUUUGCGCGGAAGGAGAUCAACGCCUUCUUGUAUACGAAUACUUGCGCAUGGGAUCCUUAGAAGAUCAUCUUUUUGAGGUUACGGCUGAUAUGGUGCCUCUUGACUGGAAUACAAGGAUGCAAAUAGCUGCAGGGACAGCCAGAGGAUUGGACUUUCUGCACAGCGCGACUCCUCCCGUUAUAUACAGAGACUUAAAAGCAUCAAACAUAUUAUUGGAUGACGGAUUCCAGACAAAACUCUCGGAUUUUGGACUUGCAAAGUUUGGUCCAGUUGGAGAUGUAUCUCAUGUCUCAACCAGGGUCAUGGGUACAUACGGUUACUGUGCUCCUGAGUAUGCCUCAACUGGAAGAUUAACAAUGAAGACUGACAUUUUCAGCUUUGGGGUGGUCUUGUUAGAGCUACUCACAGGAUAUAGAGCAGUGGACAAUAUCAACGGUCGCCGUAUGCAUUUGAUUCACUGGGCAGUUCCAUUGAUGAAAGACCACGGAACUUACUUAAAACUAGCAGAUCCAUUGCUGAGAGGUCAGUUCUCAGUGUCUGUGUUCAACAAGGCUGUAGAAGUUGCAUCAAUGUGCCUGAAUGAGACUGCAAAUUUACGUCCUUCAGCAAGUGAGUUGGUGUCUGCCAUGGAUUAUCUGGCGUCACGAAAAUAUGAUCAUAGGGAGUCCAAGCAGAAGGCGAGUGUCAAAUGGCAUGAGAUUGAUUUCCCAACUAGUGCACGUGCAGUUGCGGAGAAGGAUUCAGAUCGAGAUCGCGCAGUUGCAGAGGCCAGGAUGUGGGGAGAGAAUUGUAGAGAGAAAUCUGCUCCUUCUGCUAGCACCACCAGUUAUUAAACUAAUGCAUAGGUCCCCAACUUCUUAUACAUGAUAUAGUCUUCAUAUUCAUAUACAUAUUGUACGUUAAUAAGAAAUUAGUCCAAUUUCCUCUUUUUUUUU